AUCACCCGAAGGUGGUGGCGUUCGUGACGCACGGCGGGCUCAUGGGCACGCAGGAGGCCGUGUGGGCGGGCGUGCCGCUGCUGGGCGUCCCCAUGUUCUGCGACCAGCACCUCAACCUCAACAGCUACGCGGAGAAGGGCGUGGCCAUCGUGCUGCAGUACGACGAGCUCUCCCAGGAGCGCCUCUCAGACGCCCUGCACCGCCUCAUUGAGGACCCCAGGUACCGCGAGCGGAUGGGCGCGCUGUCCCGCCAGUUCCGCGACCGGCCGCGCGCGGCGCUGCAGUCGGCGGUGUGGUGGGUGGAGUACGUGGCGCGGCACGGCGGCGCCGCUCACCUGCGCAGCGCGGCCGCCGACCUGCCGCUGUACCAGUACCUGCUGCUGGACGUGGUGGCGCUGGCCCUGCUGGCGGUGGCGCUGGUGGUGGGCUUCGUGUGGUUCCUGCUCGCCACCGUCUACCGCUUCCUGCGCUUCGGACAGGGCUACCGCCGCCGCCGCCUGCCCAGCGUCACCGCCACCGGCCAGCGCAAGCGAUACACCAAGACCAAGCAGCACUGACGCAUCGCGG